AAUGAACGAACUUCCUUUUUAUGUGUGUGUGUAACCUACUAGUUAGGAGCGGAAGCAUUGCCCAGUUGCUCGUUUCCGUCUUCCCAGUGCCUGUCAGCCAUUACUGCUCUGCUCGCCGGGUCUUGCAGGGUGUAACUGGUACAACUGACAUACUUUCCGAAAAAUCGAAGAUCGUUCCUACGGAACUGGUAGUGUGUCAGCAGAUUCUUCCGAACUUUUGCCGAGAUGUAUAACAAUAGUUAUUCCAAUCAUACCAGUUACAGACCCAGGGGAAGUAGAGAUUCUACCAAUCGUAAUGGAGGGGGAACAUAUUGGAAUAGACAACAACAGACAAACAAAGAGAAGUCAAUUAAGAAGCAAGUCCAAAGAAGAACUCCUGGAGAUUCACUGAAAAAACCAAGCUGGGAUCUCUCUAAGUUACCAGUGAUCACAAAAAAUUUAUAUAUUCCACAUAUCAAUAUUUUAAAACGAUCCAGUGAUGAAGUUAAUAAAUAUCAUAUUGGUAAAGAAAUCACUGUGAAAGGAAACAAUACUCCUUCUCCAAUUCAAGCAUUUGAAGAAAGUAACUUCCCAGAUUAUGUAAUGGAAGAGAUAAGAAAGCAGGGUUUCGCUGAACCAACAGCAAUCCAAGCACAGGGCUGGCCAAUAGCACUCAGUGGUCGUGAUUUGGUUGGAAUUGCUCAAACAGGAUCUGGAAAAACUUUAGCUUAUAUAUUACCAGCAACCGUACACAUUAAUCAUCAACCACGUUUGAGCCGAGGAGAUGGUCCCAUCGUUUUGAUACUCGCUCCAACAAGAGAAUUAGCUCAACAAAUUCAAUCUGUUGCUAGAGAUUUUGGUUCUUCCUCCUGUAUUCGUAAUACUUGCAUUUUUGGUGGUUCCCCAAAAGGGCCUCAAGCUCGUGAUUUAGAACGCGGUGUUGAAAUAUGUAUUGCAACUCCUGGUAGAUUAAUCGAUUUUCUCGAGAAAGGAACUACGAAUUUACGCAGAUGUACAUACCUAGUCUUAGAUGAGGCAGACAGAAUGUUAGAUAUGGGAUUCGAACCGCAAAUCCGAAAAAUCAUAGAGCAAAUUAGACCUGAUAGGCAGGUAUUGAUGUGGUCUGCAACAUGGCCGAAAGAAGUACAAGCUUUGGCUGAAGAUUUUCUCUCAGAUUAUAUUCAAAUUAACAUCGGUUCUUUGACAUUGGCCGCUAAUCACAAUAUCCGUCAAAUCGUAGAGAUUUGUCAAGAGCAUGAAAAAGAAAUGAAACUUUCAAAUCUUUUGAGAGAGAUUGGCAAAGAUCGAGGAAGCAAGAUGAUAAUUUUCGUUGAAACGAAAAAGAAAGUGGACGAUAUUACCAAAGCUAUUAAACGAGAAGGUUGGCCUGCUAUUUCUAUUCACGGUGACAAAUCACAGCCUGAGAGAGAUUACGUAUUAUCUGAGUUUAGAAAUGGAAAAACAAUGAUUCUUGUUGCUACUGAUGUUGCUGCUCGUGGCUUGGAUGUAGAAGAUGUGAAAUAUGUAAUUAACUUCGAUUAUCCGAACAGUUCUGAGGAUUAUAUUCAUAGAAUAGGAAGAACUGGGCGUUGCCAAAGUGCGGGUACUGCUUAUGCUUAUUUUACGCCUAAUAAUGCUAGACAAGCAAAAGAAUUAAUUUCUGUUUUGGAAGAAGCUGGUCAAGCAAUAAAUCCACAACUGGCCGAUUUAGCAAAUUCGAUAAAACCUGCAUACGGAAAGGGCCGCCAGCGUUGGAGUCAUUCUCGUUCUAACAAAGAUAAUAGUUCCACUGGGAGUCCAAGAAAUAAUAGUAGCCCGAUUUCGAAUAAUUGGCAAAAUCAACACGUUCAGACUACUCAGCACAGUAAUGGUAGCAGUCAAGAAAGAACUGUGGUACGCCAGCAAAAUGGAUAUCAAGCCAGUCGACAGAAUAGUUUCCAAUCUAAUUAUCAGCCGCAACAACAUCAACAACAACCGCAACAGCAGCAACACCAACACCAACAUCAACAACAUCAACAGCAGCAGCAGCAACAGCAACAACAACAUCAGCGGCAACCGAAUACUUAUACCAAUGGCUGUCAAACAACCAAUAGCUAUUCAGCUAGUUAUCAAAAUGCAAAUAUUCCUAGAUAUCAUGGAAGAACAGGAGGUUUCCAAGGAAAUCGUUAUCACAAUCGUCAGAGUGCUUACAACACCAAUCAGACACCUGGAGGACAAAGCGUAUACUCUAUGCCGCCUCCAUUCAUGAUGCCAUCUGCUGGCGGACACACAGCUGAUUCCUCUAUGCAAAGUCUCGUUAACAACAAGUUUUUCCAGACGAAUCGUCCACCACCAAAUACUGGCGCUUGCGCGUAUCAAUCGAUGGGAUAUAGUCAGUUUCAAGCUGUGCCACCAUAUAGUUAUCCUUAUCCGCCUACACCAGUGCAGCAGUGACGCUUUUCAAGGUAUAAAUCGGUAAGAGUGCAGGCUAAGUAAGAAAAUCAAUUUUUCCUCUUUAUAUCAGGCCCAUUAUAUAUUUACGGUUUGUGUAGACAAUUGGGUCUCUUUUGAAUAUAUAAGUAACAUAAUGUUUCCUCUUUUCAUUGUCAUUUAUUAUUUUUUCUGGAAUGAUGCCGAUUCAACGCAUUCGACAAAGCAAAAUUAUUUGUGUUUAUUCGAAGAAAACAAGAGAAAGCAGAGACAAAACAAUCGAUAAUUUAUUGAUUUUAUUGAAGUUAUAAAUAUUUAAAUUGAAACGUUUUCAAACAUUGGAGAGAAAAAAAAAUAAAAAAAUUAAUUAUUAAUUAUUAAUAAUAUUAAUAAUUAUUAAUAAUAAUCCGUAGGCACAUUCCAGUCAAGUUUUUUGAAGUAGUAGUAGUAAUUAUUUAGCAAUGAUAUAUUGAUAUAAUCAUUACUGGAUGUAGAAUAUGACCAACAAAUGUAGACUUGUAACUAAGUGGUCAUAUCCUAAAAAGUAAUUAAUCUUCUUGAGAUAAAACUAUGUAAACGUCAUUUAAUGCUUUCCCGAAAUGCACGAAACGUAUAGAAGGGGGGUGGGUUAACGUUUUCAUAUUUGAUAAUUUAUUUAUAUUUUGCAUAUAUAUAUAUACGUAUGUACAGGCAACGCUCUUCAAAAUGUAAGGCCUUUUGCAUAAAAAUUAAGCCGUACACCCGUUUUUACAAAGCGCACGACGAAUAUAAAAAAAAAAUAUCGUGUCCUCUGUUUUGUAACGAGACUGGGUGUUGUGUCUCUUUGAUAAUAGGGGAAAGGUAUAUCUCAUCAAAAUUAAAGAACUUUGAUGGAGGAUAAAUCCAGCAUAAUUAUAUAGCGUACAAAAGUGAGUACUUCGAAACUAUCCUGGGCCGGUAUCUUUGGAAUAAAUUCAAAGCAUAAAACCGGCUAAUGGGGAAGAGAAAGGAAAACUUAAAUUAAGCAUGUAGUCACAAUGGCUGUGUACCUCGGCGCAAAGUUUGAUACCUUAUUUUUAUAAUAUAUAUCGAAAGUAAUUUGUUGUUAAACCAACGAAUGAUUAUACGAAGAUAAAAAAAAGUAAGAGAAACAUUGUUGUUUGAUGUUUAUGCAAUUGGCCACUGAGUGGUCUUGUCCUUGCGCGACCGUGUACAAUGUAUAUAGGUGCACGCGCAGGCUGGCCGCAAAUCGAAUAAAAUUUAGUUGUACCUGUUUUUUAGUUCGCGCUCAUCGAAAUUCUUGCUAUUUUUUAGGGAACGAUUCAGACUAUCCGAAAGGCAUUUUUCUAUUGAAACGUUUAAGAAAAAAAAUAUUGCGCUGCCGUGAACGUAUUGAACGCGUGAUGAAAGAGUUUUUAACUUAUGGUAUUGAUCCAUGUGUUGUAUAUAUCGUUAUGGCCAUUCCGAAGUGGCUUCCAAGGAAAUUUCACGUGAUAAAUGAUACGAAAAAUAAUGAAUAAUGAACUCAUGCCGCGAAUCAGGCACGAAAACCGUUUAUCGACAGCGCAUAGCGAUUUUUUGCGGGCCUCCAGAUUACACUGUACACGUCACUACUCGAAUAAACGAACAGCAAAGAAAAGAGCCAACAGAGAAGAAUGCAAGACUCGAAUAUACACUCGAGCAAGGACUCGUUUGCGAACGACAUUAUUGUGAUAAUUAUACGUAACGCUUUCGUGAAACGGUCUCACAGUUCGUUACUUAAUUACGCACAGUAGAAAAUGUUGUGAAGCAGUACGUGUGCACAAUAACAUUUCCGGUUGAUUCACGAAACCGCGUCACACGCAUUUCAAGCGGAUUUUGCUCGAUAAGAGAGGAAAAAGCUCUAUCGAUUCGUUUCUAGGUUUCCACAUGGUAGUCUUUAUAUUCUUCUUUUGCUGAGCCGAUAGAUUGGAUAUUUCAAAAUAUAUGGUGGGGUCGCGAACAGAAGUUAGGCAUUCGCGGUAUAUUGUUGUCUUUGUCCUUUUCAACAUUGUGAAUGCUUAUACGCUCCUACUGCGUUGAUCUGACUGCAACAUUGCGUUGUCAGAAUGAAUAGUGAUAUAAAUAAUAGGAAGCGUAUGCUACGAGUAUUGGACACUUCUGAAUACUCAUACAUUGCGUACGCCCUCUAUUAAAUCAUCUUAUAUUAUUUUUGAAACUUCGUUUAAUCUAUGUCUUUUCAUCGUUGUUGAUCAGUAAUUUUUCUUUAGUACACUAAUUAUCUAUUUCUUCUGAAUUUUUCUUAGUAUGUAGUCUACUAUAUUUUGGCAAAUAGCAGACUAUUGUAGUGCAAUUCUACAUCUUUCAAUUCCAUCCAUUGCAAGUAAUGCAUCUUUCAAGCAUUUAUCAAUAAUUGAGGCUUAUAGAUACAUAUAUAUAUAUAUAUAUAUAUAGAUACAUAUAUAUUGCUGUCAUAAAAAUUUGACAGAUAAAUUAAAGUUUCUUCUAAAUAUUCAGAUAGCCUCAGAAUUAUAACCCUUUAAGCUGUACUGCAUUUGUUCCCAUAUACUAAAGUGAAAUGAAAAUUAAUGACCGUCGAAUAUGCAUAUCUUUUCUAAAACCAAAUCUCUAACGUAUGGUCAUAGAAUUUUCUUAGAAACUAGUUAUAAUUGAAAAAGUUUAAAAAAAAGUUUAAAAGUUUAAAAAGAAGAACGCAGAGCAAAUAUUGAAAUACUGUUGGACAGCAAAGGGUUAAUAUUUUACAUUUCAUUUAACAGAACACAUAACAGACAUCAUGCUUUUAAGUUUUUCCUAAACAAAAUAAAUGUUAUAACGAAGUGCAACUUGCAUUUUGAAAAUUGAUAGUGGGUGUACGCGUAGUUCUGUGAUAUGUAAGAUGUAGCAUAUUUAUAGAUCUACCUAUCGUGCAUCAUGAUUAAAAUAAGGAACGUAUCUUAUCAGUUUUAUACGUGGUAUACAAAUCAUAUGAUCCUAAAUGACGUGUACUGCGAGAGCUGUCUACUUUAAGGAAAGAAAAACAAAAGUUGUUGCGAAAAAGCGAAAGAUCAGUAUUCCUUUUUUUUUUUUGUUUGCGUUUGCCGUGCGAAUUCGUAUAUUGUCAGGGUAGAGAAUAGGGAGAAGAAAUUGGAAUAUGAAAACGUGUAUUACUUCAGAGCGUUCUUCUAUUCAUGAAUAUCCAAGUUUUUUAUUUCAUUAUGUAGUCUGAUAAAUUCAUCUUCUAAGCGUAUAUGAAGAUGUAGACACAAAGGUUCUUCAUUUCUCUCUUUCUCAUAUAUUGUGAAACUAUUUAUCUCUUUUUUUUUUGUAUGUUUGUCUAUUUUAUUAAGAUAUAGUCUUCUAAAUACUUACGUGUUUGUUGCUAACAAAGGGAUCUAUGAAAUUUCAGUAUUUUUCAGCUAUGGGUUCUUUUUUGUUCUUUUUACUUCUCUUUUUUUUUAUUUGCGUUAAUGAACACUUAUAAAUCUUAUGUUCAUUUGUAAUCGUAUUACGUAUAACGAGAACUGUUAAAAACAUGGAUAUGUAUUUUUCGUAUAGUAGAAUAUGCGGUAUACUUCAUUUCUACGGUGCAAAAUCGUAUCUCUGAAGUCUACUUUCUCCCUACUAGUCGAUAUUCAUUUUUUUUUUGUUCUUUUUUUUGUAUUAUACUCCGUUUUGUCGUGUUGUUAGGGAACAUCCAUUUCAGCUGUACACUUUUAAUAUAACUCUUAACGAGAUCAGUCAUCUCUAGUUGAUAACGAAAGAUUUCCCGGAGAGAAAAAACGAAAUCUUAUUCUCUUGUUGUUACAAAACGAAAAAGCGGAAACGAAACUAGUGUUCAACACUAAACUUUGCAAUAUCGAUGAACUCGAAUAUCUUGGUCGAUAAUAUUUCUAAGUAAACCGUACAUAUAUUUUUUUAUAUCAGUUUUCAACAGUGAUGGUAAACGUUGAACGAAUGAGAUGAGGGAGGUAGUUUUCAAGAUAUUUGUAUGACACGCCUUCCGUCUGUUUAAUUGAAGAAAAGAUUCGAAAAAUAUAUUCUCGUGAAAUCUUUGCGCUUGCAUUAAGAACACUCGUUCAGGUCAUGUUAGUUGAUCGAUCGAACUUGUAAUCUUAUAUUUAUAAUCUGUUGUUCGUUUCACUCGAAGAAAAAAAAAAAAAGAAAAGGAAAAGAGUCAAUGAAACGAUAAUCGGCACAGUUUUUCGUGUUGUAAAGAUCGACGAAUAAAAUGACGUCGAGUUUUACGUGCUGAGAAAAUCGUUAAUGACACUAACAUAGUCUCGGGAACACGAGAGUACCUUUUUAACGAUUAAUGCUGAACGCUGUGAUAUCGCGUACAUAAACAUUUUUAUUAUUAUAAACAUAAAUGUGCAUAUUGUAAUGUUAAAAAAAAAAAAAAAGAAGAAGAAGAGUACAUAUUCUCCUUUAUAUGUGAAGACUGAAUCUCGCCAACUUAUACACAGGUUUAGCAGCCGCAGAUACGUUCGUAUACUGGAUAGACUACAGAUAGACUAUUUGUACAUUAUUAAUUGUAACAAUAUGUUUUUACGUCGGUAGUGCCGUAUGUGGGGACGGUACUACUAUGUUAUAGUUCGAUAACGGGUGCGUGUUCGUAUUGUGCAUUUUUUCUUUUUAUUGAGAAUUAAUGUCUUCGGUGUGUCGUGAUGAGAAAUUCGCCAGAUAUUUCGCGUUUACUUUCCAUAGAGGUUGGAAUAGUUGCACGAAUCUGGUUUCCUGUUUAUUUCUUUCUUUUAUUUUUUUUUUUUUUUUUCUACAAUUUCGUUUGAUUCCGAUCGAAAAAGAAUUCGAUCAAAAAAAGGAAAGAUAUCAAGUUAAAAAUAUCGUUUGUAUUUGAUUUUCGAAUGAUUGCUUGCCACGUUUCACUUGUUUUUGAUUUAUCAAUUAUAGAUCGUUCGUGAAAUAAAGGGACAUUACAACAACAACAGUACAAUCCGUUUCAUGAUAGUUCCUAUAUUGCAUUCUUCUUUGUAACGUGAAUGAAUUGCAGCUUAAAUUUUUGCUAAGAUGAGUCAAAGAAUUUUCACACUUUUUCUCUGCGUAUCGUUCUAUUUGGUUAAAAAACUUGCGAAUAUUUUAUUGGUGUAGUCACAUGUGUGCAUUGCCAAGUCUGUUAUUAUUAUUAUUAUUUUUGCGAUUGUGUCACAAUUGUUAACUUUACCACUAUCUUUCACUCAGUUUCUGGAGAAAUGUACUAAAGAUUGUUGAUCGUUCAUCAACGACGAUUGGAAGUCGUGGAUUAAUCUCAUAUAUGUAAAGUACAUUUUUCUUUCGUUAUGUAAGGUUUAAGAAAGAAAUGGAAAAGUGAAUAUGACGUUAAGAUUAAUUUUAGGAAAACUAAAUUUGUUACUAUCUUUGUUAUUUAUCCGUAAUAUUAUGUCGUUUUUUUUUUUUAAAUAUUGUGAAAUAAGCGUAAAAUGAUUGUUUCCUAUGAAAAGUGAUAUUGUUCGUAAUAUGUAAACGGUAAUAUUGUUUGUUUGUUUCUCUUUUUCUUUUUUUACUAAUAAUAAAUUUAGUUUUUUCCUAAUGUCAAAUGUAGACUUGUUAGUGUAUGCAUGAAUGUUGAACACUGUACACUGCACGACAAAAUUUACUGUGCAAACUUUUACGAAACUGUGAAGUUAAUGCAGUUUACGAUUCAGAUAUUUAUCAUUUUUAAUAAUGCGUCUUUUAAUGAUGGUACAUAUUUAAGCCUGGGCUAAUUAAAAAAAAAAAAAAAAACGGUACCUUCAAUCGAUCUUAAUGUGUGCUGAGAUCUUCGAAUCAACAAAUCUUAUACAUCUUGUUUAAAUUUAUAUAAUUCCAUUAAAAAAUGCGUCAUGAGAAUUAUAUCGAUGGUAAUAAGUGAGUGCAGAGAAUACUAUAUAACAAAAUUUCUGUAAUGGCUAAUGUAUUAAUUGAUUUCAUAAUUUGUGUAUUAUGUUUAAAAAUUUCGCGAAAAUUACAAGAUUUAUUUAGAUCUGCGUACACUAUUUUCAUAGUUAUAUUAUUGUUUUAUAUAUACGUAUAUGUCAACUUUUGUAAUUACUUGUUAAACAAUUAAGUAAUUACAAAAGAAAUCGUCUUCUUUUCUUUUAAUGCAAUUUAACCCUUUUGCUAAAAAUGAUUUAGAUUAUUAACAUAUUAAUUUUUAUUAUAAAAAUUUCGUACAAAGUUUGUUUCUAUACAUUUUCUAGUGUUAAUUAUUAAAAAUAUAAUAAUUGAUAGAUUAUUAAAAUUUUUCAUCAAUUAUUCAUGAUUUUUCAUUCGAAUAAUAAAAAUUCAUAAUCGGAUAAAAAUAAAUUGAAUAAAAUUUCGUUUCAAUAAAUAGAGUUCAAAUUGAAAACUUAUUAAUAGUUCAUUGAAUUCAUAAAAGUGAAGGGGUUAAAUUCAUCAAAUUAUUUUUAUUUUAAUAUAAAUGUUAUUCACUGUUUUUCCUUGUGUGCAAAUGUUCGCAUUUUUCAUGAUUGUUCUCAGAGUAGUGAAGCAUACGAAUUCGUCGUAUCUCGUCUUUUUUGAGAGCAUAAUAUCUCAUAUUCAAAAUAUCUUCAAACGCGUAUUUUUGGAGAUUAAAAAUUAUUUGACCGAUAAUUUGUAUAAGCAUAAUUUAUGUGAUCAUUAUCACACUAUGCACUUAUUUUUUCGAGCGAAUCAUAAAAAUGAAAAUGAUCCUCUCAGAAAUGUGAAAUCGAAAAACGAAAUUGAAAAGCGUAAAGGUGUUAUAGGAAUUACGCGAUCAUUGCGUGAAAAACGCAGUUACAGCACGGUAGACUUCCUGUUGUUGUAAUACUUCAUUUGUUGAUGCGUUUGUUCUGAACGCGCAUUAGGAAAAAGGAACGAUAUUAAAAAAAAAUAAAGAAAAGAAAGUAGUUUGAAGAAAAAGCGCUAAAAAGAAAUAUAAUAUGCUAAAUUGCAAAGAAAGAAAAACGGAAAUGUUGAUAAUUUAGUAAUGCGUAAUUUUAGUCGUUUCUACGAGACCAGAAAGUUGAGAGAGUUCAGAUCGCCGAUGGUAUCGGGAAAGAUGUACAUUAAAAAAAAAAAAAAAAAAAAUACAAAUAGGUAUUCUGUAAUUACGGCUUUAUUGAUUCAUCGCGCCUUACAAAUGAAAGAGCUCGGCCAACUUUCAUCAAGAUGUGUAUGCAAAAUUGCGAACACUCUUAGAUUCGAAACGAUAAAAAGAAAAAACCGCUCCUUGGUCGUCCUCGAGUAAAUUGAGACAAGCGUUUGCUAGAAUUGUUCGAACUGCAGCACAGAAGAACGGCAUAUAACUGUAUUGCAUUCUUGUUGAGUAUAAGAAUAUGCAAAAGAGGCAUGCAAGAAUAUAUAUUUGCGUCAAUUUUAUGUAUAAAAAUGACAUUUAUCAGUUCUUUAUAUAAAUAUGUAUAUGUAUAUAAUGUAUGUUUGCAUAUAUAUAUAUAAAUAUAUACAGACAUAAUUCUAAAAAAAAUGGGAUAUUCUAUUAGGGCAAUGCUGUCCAUCAAAAUUGAUGAUCUAUUUAGCGCUUCUUUAACAUUGUUAUUAAUAGACAAAGAAGCUAGAAGAUUCUAAUGAAAGAAUAGUUACGCAUGUUAAUAAUGUAGUUGUUAUUUAAUCGUGUUAAAGCCUGUGAAAUAACAAAAGAAAAAUAGAAAAAAACAUAAUUUUUAAGUUUUAUAGCUUUAAUUUAGACAGCAUUGUUUUAGUAGAUAGAAUAUUCUUGGUGAAUAAAAAAAAUGAUCGCUUAUCACAUUAUUAACAGAUUCACUGCUCCCUUAUUUUGAUAAUUUAUCACUGUACUAAACUGUAAAAAAAUACAUUUAAAGAAAAUAACGACAGUGUACAGUUAUCGCAAUGAACUUGGCAGUGAAUGUGUUAAGAUGACAAGUAAUCUAGUCGAAAUUAUUCUGUCGUUAAUUAUGACCCUCGAGAGUAUAAAGAUAUAUUGAAACAAAUAUCUUUUUUAUGGUAUAACAAUAUUGGAAUAUUCUUCAAACAUUGUUGUACUUAACAAAAAAAUAUUUUCAAUUAUUCAAAUAUUAAUUUUUAGAAUUCUGACGCAAGAAAAAAGAAAAAUCAAGAUCUCUAGUGUUUUUGUAUCGAAUAAUGUUUAGACUCGACAUGAAAAUGUUAUUUCAAAAUGAAUAUUUUAGGAAAACGAAAGACCAGUAUUAACAGUACAACUAGAAACAAGAUUAUGUGAAUACUUUGUCAUCGUUUUGCUUUCUGUGUUGUUCUCCGUCUUUGAAAUAAUUAAGUAAAUGCAGAAAAUACCUAUUGUUGUCUAAUCAUGUAAGCCGUUUUACUGCAGAAUUAUUAAUUUUUACGACCAAAGAGAGGUAACGCGAAAAUGGCUUAUUUUUUUUUCUUUGACCAUGACACGAUUUUCAAAAGCGGAAAGUAUAUCAAUAGUUUAUAUGAGAUGUGAAUAUUUUAAUGCAAUUUUCAGUGAGUGAUAGAAAACAAGUGACGUUUGUUAAAAAGUACCUUAGAGUUAAUUAUUGUAUGAGUCGCUUCUGUUCAAACAGAAUUUAUUGUUUUUCCGGUGUAGAAAGAAGAAAAAGAGCAUACACAAAUUAUUUAUAUGCAGCGCGCAAGGCGAACAAUUUAAAAAAAGGCGUAAAUAAUGUUAAAUAAUAUUUCUGUAUUCAAAUUCUCUUCUGUAGGUUUCAUUAAAGUGCAUUUCUUGUAUGUUACACAGUAUUAUGGUAGAAUAUAAGAAUAAAUACUGCAAUAAUA